AUGUCCACCUCCCGUGACACAAUCUCAACCCUUCUCGCCAGCAAUGAGAAGUUCGCAUCUACUUUCAAUGGCACGUUGGCAAUGGAACAAUUACCGGCGGGCCUCAGAACAGAUGAUGGCCAACCGCUCUUCAUCCGUGGGUUGACUCUUCUUCCCACAUAUGAUACUUACGAAGUCUGCAGAAACGCGGGCGGUCGAGCAACAGACGACGUGGUGCGGUCACUGAAUGUCUUGCGUGCUUUGGUCAAUAUGAACACCGUGGUUGUGGUUCAUCAUACUGAUUGCGGAAUGACUCACGUAACCGAGGACGAAAUCCGUGAUUAUGCAAAGUCAAAGAAUCCCGCCGCAGCAGCAAUCGUGGACAAGAUUGACUUUGGCCUCUGGAAAGAGGAGCAUCUUGAAGAUUCUGUUAGAAAGGACGUCCGCAAGCUCAGAGAAGAGAAGAGUCUUGACGGGAUCGAGGUCUUUGGGUUUGUGCUGGACACACAGACCGCAGUCGUGACAGAGGUGCAGGUCUAG